AGCGCUUCAUUUAACGCUGUCGCUUUCGCUUCCACUCGCACUCCAUGGGUGCGCGGGCGACGAUGGGAUGUUCGCCCUUGCUGCCCUUCCAAGCGCUCUGGCUCACAGCGGCCGUUGUCGCGGCGCUCGCGCUCGCGGCCGGCGCGCAGCCGUCGCCGUCGCUGUCGCCGGGGUUCUACGACGCGACGUGCCCGGGGCUGCAGCCCAUCGUGCGCCGCGGCGUGGCGCGCGCCGUCCGGGCGGAGCCGCGCAUGGGGGCGUCCCUCCUCCGCCUCUUCUUCCACGACUGCUUCGUCAAUGGCUGCGACGCCUCCGUCUUGCUGGACGACGUGCCCGGUAACUUCACCGGGGAGAAGAACGCGGGGCCCAACGCCAACUCGCUGCGCGGGUACGAGGUCAUCGACGCCAUCAAGGCCCAGGUGGAGGCGUCCUGCAAGGCCACCGUCUCCUGCGCCGACAUCCUCGCCCUCGCAGCGCGCGACGCCGUCAACCUGCUGGGCGGGCCGCGGUGGGCGGUGCCGCUGGGGCGGCGGGACGCGCGGGACGCGAGCGCGGGCGCGGCGAACGCCAACCUGCCGCCUCCGGACGCGUCGCUGCCGGCGCUGCUGUCCGCGUUCGGCGCCAAGGGCCUGGACGCGCGGGACCUGACGGCGCUGUCGGGCGCGCACACGGUGGGGCGCGCCCGCUGCGCGGUGUUCCGCGCCCACAUCUACAACGACACCGCCACCACCGACGCCAGCUUCGCGGCGGGCCUCCGGGGCGCCGUCUGCCCCUACACGGGCGGCGACGCCAACCUGGCGCCGCUGGAGCCGCAGGCGCCCGACGCCUUCGACAACGGCUACUUCCGGGACCUGGUCGCGCGCCGCGUGCUGCUUCGCUCGGACCAGGCGCUGUACGGCAGCGGCGGAGACGGGGGCAACACCACGGACGCGCUCGUGCGCGCGUACGCCGCCAACGGGACGGCCUUCGCGGCCGACUUCGCCGCCGCCAUGGUGAGGAUGGGGAACCUGGGCCCGCCCGCGGCGAGCGCGGCCGCCGCCGAGGUCCGGCUCAACUGCCGCCGAGUGAACUGAUCGUGCAGCCUGCCCGCGCGCGCCGCGCCAUUUGCAUAGAUCAGUGGAUUGGGUUACUUUCCUGGUGUACACUUGCUUCGAUUCGAUUCGCAGGAGUACGUAGUAUGAUUGAU